UAACACGAUGUUAACAAGCUGUUGAUUUCGUAUCAAUAUUCAUGGUUUUUACUGUUUCCUCAACUAAAACUGUUUAUAAAUCGAUUCCCUUCGAAAGCUAUCACCACAAUAACUUGAGCCUUUGAACGAAUUGCAUUCGUUAAACUUCACCAUGAAGUUUGUUUUAUUAGUUUUGCUGGCUAUAAAUCUGUCCGCGCAAGCACGACACAUUGGAAAUAAUCGUUUUCGUCGUGACGAUAAUCACCAAAGCGAGACAACAACGGAUAAAAAUGCCGAUGGCCCAGCAUUUUGGCUUCGCAAUUUGGUUGUUGGGCCACCAGUGGGAGCGCCUCAAAUAAGUCUUAACGUGAAUGACAAAAUUGACGAUAGCCUCAUUGAAUUUAUAAAUGAUGCUCAGAAAAAAGUUGCACAAGAAAAGGAAGAAGCAAAGAAACCGAAUGAAGGAAACAAAGUAGAAAGUGAGGACCAAAAAGGGAGUCCUCCUUCAAAGCCGAAUAACAAUGCAAAAAGCAACGGUGAGGAGAAUAAAGGGAGUGAUUCGGAUGGUAAAAAGGCAGAUGCAACUGGAAAUAGUAAAAAUGAUGGAAGUAAAGACACUCCAAAGGAGUCUGAUAAAUCUAAAAGUGAUGGCAAUUUCGGUGACAAAACAUCAGAGCAUGAUGAUAGCAAGGCGGAUAAGAAAUCAGAUGAUAACAAAAAUAGUUCGAAUGAUAAAUCAAAACCAAAACCAAGCGAUGAUGGUGGAAAAGGAAAAGACGGUGGAUCAGCUGUCGGACGCGGGUUUGGAUACUCGUUUCGAUAA